CUUUUUUAAAAAAUCUCGGAUGAGUUAUAAAAGCAAAAGUAGAAAAUAAACUGUAAGACAUAACACAUAAAGUGAUGAUGAAAGUUAUGAGAAAAAAGAUAUUCGGACAAGUUAAAGAACUAAAUGGAGUCAAGAGGAAAUAAAGCAAUUAAAGGCUUAUGUUUAAUUGUAUGGUCCUCGUUGGCUUAAAAUAGCAUAGAAAAUGGAAGAAAGGAAUGCUUCUUAAUGUUGUUAGAGAUGGAAAAGAAUAAAAAAGGAUUAAGGGUUAUAAACAAAUAAGGCUAAACGAUGGACAUAAAAUGAAGAUGAAACUUUAUUAAGAAUAUACGAUGAGGUUGGACCAUAAUGGAAUACAAUAGCCAAAUAAAUGAAGAGCAAGACAGAUAGAUAAGUAAGAAGAAGGUAUAUGAAUACUCUUGAUCCUAAUCUUAAUCAUGGACCUAUGACAGAAGAAGAAGAUUAAUUAAUAUAUUAAGAAUAUUUAAGGUACGGAUCGUCAUGGACUAAAAUAUCAGAAAAAAUGCCUGGAAGAUCUGUAUAAUAUUCAUAAUAUAAAAUUUAGGAAAACAUGAUCAAAAAUAGGUUCUAUUCGUUUAUUAAAUAAAAAUACAUGAAUCAACCUAAUCUAUAUUUUAAAGUCAAACCAUUUGAUGAAGUAUAAAUGCCAGAAGAACAACCUUAAAAUAUUUUUCAAUAAGAUUUUAAUUGUUAGUUCAAAUAUGACUCAGAAGAAUACUAUAAUUAAGAUCUAUUUAACGAUUCCAAUGAGAUAAUGAUUGAUAAUAAUUAAUCAAACAUUCUUGGAAUAUUAAAUCAAAAGGCCAAAUUCUUUAGACUCUGAUAUUUAUACAUG